UUCCCAUCCCCUGGUGGUGGUCCUGAAGCACUUCAGACCAUUCCCGCGUCGAAGGUUUCCAUGGCCAAAGAAAUCGUCCUUCCCCUCCCAUUGCGGCGACGCCGUCGCCACCUUGGUGUUGUCCGAGCUGCGGAGUCUCGGCCAGCGGCGAUGGAAACACCGCUCUGCCUGAAUCCCUGCCAGGCACAGUGUUCCUCCACUGCUGCGGUCGUCGGUCGCAGAUCCGCAAGGUCUCCCUUCAUUCUUACCUCGGCCUACCCUACCCUCAUUUUCCACCUACCGUCAGCCGUUUCCCUCCAUCCUCGGUAGCUUAUCGCUAGACUCGUCGCUUAGUGACCCACGCACCAUGGAUUCCCUUCCUGCAGAGGUCGUUUAUCUCAUCCUUAAGCUUUCUCACCAGGCAGGCCCACAGAUUGCCCGGUUGGCCUGUCUAUCGAACGACUUCAGACGCAUGGCGGACCAAUGGCUGUGGCUGUGGCACUGCCGCGACCAGCUUGCGAAGAAUCUCGAGAUCCCUGAGGGUGCAGCAGCCGUCGGAUUCAAUAUUGAACGAUUUCAGCGCGUGCUGGACGCCAUGAAGAGCGACGAUCUCAAGGCGCUUGGGAAGCUCCUGCAUUGGUGCCCGGGCGUGAGGCGAGCGGUGAUGAGAGGAAGGGAAUCCAGACCCUGGCGACAUGUCGACAGCAAUGGGGACAGCAACGGCAGCAGCAGCAGCUGCAGCGACGUCACGGAAGAUGCUACUUGGUGUGCCGUUCCUGACGAGGAGGAACACGCUCGCGGCAGACCGCACCUGCAAUCUCCUAGCUUCGUCUUAUUGCCGAACAUAAGCCGCAUUAUGCUAUCUUUAACUUGUCGGCGGCACGUGGAGGGAAUGGUUGAUGACGUGGAAUUCAGCUUGGCACAAGGAUUCGUGUUUCAUUUCAAGAGCUCAGUGUUAUACCGCAGGGUUUCUCCACGGUCUGUUUAACAGGACGAGCUCUGUCCCUUUUGCAUCCUUUCAUCUCUUCAUAUCACUUAAUGAAACAGUGGAACACGAGAGGCGCCUUCACUGGAAGAUCUCUUGUCACUGUCGUUUCUUUUCCCCGAGCAACUGUUCUGACUGAAUCAUGGAUUGGGCAGGUUUGGGACACCUUUGAAGAUGAUGCCUCGCUUCCAUGGAACAACAUCUUUUACUGUGAUGCCAGCGCCAGGACCAUUUCCAAGCUUCCUAAGGUUGUUCAGUCUUAUUGCACCAAGCCUACAGGGGCAUUGUUAUGGAAUUGUGAGGAAUUACUGUGGCGGGCUUCCGUCUGAGUGGGAAGCUGCGAACGGGCCAGCGGUAGAUCUGUUGCUGGAGGGGGGACGCACGGAGAGACCUUCCCCAGUUUUGCUGCCAGCCAUGCUCUCGUCAAGCUUCAUAGCGUGGUGGUGCCAUGCUCAUUUGUCGUGAGCUGAGAGCUUUAAGUGUUGAAUGGGUGUUGGAGAUUGCGCGCUUCUGUGAUGGUGCCAGUGCUGCUAAGAAUGCCAUGUUCGAGGAACCUUGCUGAGUCACUUCCGUUCUUCUUUUCUGUGCGUCCAUCUCCUGAUCGCUCUCAUACACACUUCCCUUGCCAAAUUCCAAACACGUCUUUCCUUUCAGCUGGAGACCCAUCGCGACAGAGCACGUAUUGAAGCACCACCAGCUGCAGAGAGCGCUGCUCCUGCUGCCGCUGGUGUUACUCUCGCUAUUGCGGAAGUUCCUGCUGCCGCUGGUGCUACUUGCGCUAUUGCGGAGGUUGCUACUACUGCUAGUGCUUCUGCUGCUACCUUUGAGGUUGCUACGACUGCUAGUGCUACUGCUGCUACCUUUGAGGUUGCUACGACCGCUGGUUCUACUGUAUCUACUACGGAGGUGGCUACCACUGCUGGUCUUGCUGUUGCUACUUCUACUGCCGCGACCGGUCCUAAUGCUACCGGUGCUGCCCAUACUGCUGCCCCCGGUGCUGCCCGUUCAACCUCCAGCAGUGCUGCCCAUACUGCUGCCUCCGGUGCUGCCCGUUCAACCGCCAGCAUUUCUGCCUGUACUGCUCCUACCGGUGCUGCCCGUACAACUGCUACAGAUUCUACCCGUGCUGCUACCGCUGGUCCUCGUGCUGCAGCCGUUAGAGCUGCCACUCGUACGACAAGGCCUGCUGCUGCGACUGGCGUUACAACUGCUGUUACCACUCGCGUUCCAGCAGCUGGUGCUACCUGUGCUACAGCUAUGACUGGUUCCCACACUUUGCCUGGCGCUGCCACUCGUGCUACAGCUGGGACUGGUCCUCACACCAGGGCUCGUGCGGCCACUCGCGCUUUAGCUGUGACUGGCUCUUACACCAGGACUCCUGCCGCCACUCGUGCUACGGGCACUGGCCGGGCUCGCCCAUUCUCAGCUGCUGGCUCCCGCGCCAACACGGCUGCCUCUACUGCUGAACGCUCCUCCCUGGGCAUGCAGAGAGGCAAGAACUCUUGACGAGAGUGCUGCUGUUCUCAGCACCAUUGGAAACGCAGCAGCAGCAUCGUCACUCUUGGCAGUCGCAGCAUCUGCACCGUCCACCUCUGUGCUGCUGCUGCUGCUGCCACUGUGCUGUGAUGACUGCUCAUGCUGCCACCUGUGCUGAGAGGGAUGCAGGUGAAGGGGCACUCUGAGACAUGACCAUUGACCCGUGUCAUGGUCUGAGCGUACAAUGGCAUCAUUGCAUGUGAUGGCACUAUUGCGGCUGAUAAAGCUUCCUGUCUGUUCAAGAAUUGUUGAUGCGGAGCAUGCUGGGCCGAGGCUACGAUCACUUUCCAUCCAAGUUGGCCUGCCAUUGGUGGUUGCUUUCCUUUUGUCCUGUUAUGUGUAACAUCAUUGUCCUGCCAUUGGUGGUUGCUUUCCUUUUGUCUGUUGUCGUCAUUGCCCCAGCAAACCAAAGUAUUGUCAACUUAUGUAU